CACCCAGCUGGCUUUCAUUGGCUAAGGAGGGACUAGAACUCAUAGUCUCCUGGUGAUUGGCCCAAAGUCAUCCAGCUGGCUUUCUUAGCUAAGGAGGGACUAGAAUUCACAGUCUCCUGGUGUUUGGCCCAAAGUUAUCCAGCUGACUUUCUUAGCUAAGGAGGGACUAGAACUCACAGUUUCCUGGUGAUUGGCCCAAAGUUAUCCAGCUGACUUUCUUAGCUAAGGUGAGACCAGAAUUCACAGUCUCCUGGUGAUUGGCCCAAAGUCAUCCAGGUGAUUUUAAUAGGCUAAGUGAGAUUAGAACUCACAGUCUCCUGGUGUUUGGCCCAAAGUCAUCCAGCUGGCUUUCUUAGCUAAGGAGAGACUAGAACUCACAGUCUACUGGUGAUUAGCCUAAUGUUACCAGCUGGCUUCCAUGCCUAAGAAGUCUUAAGUUCACAGGUACCUGCAGGACCAUCUUUUACUAAAUCAUCCAUUCAGACUACCUGGAAGAAGCAUUUGGAUAAACUCCUUUUCUGUGAAAUAAGGCAUAUGAGCUCAGUUUUGAGGAAAUAUCUUCCCUUACAAGCUGGUACUAUGAUAGUAGUUGGCCUGACAAUAGCUGCUGCUGGUUAUGCAGGUCGCUAUGCGCUGCAAGCAAUGAAGCAAAUGGAACCGCAAGUAAAGCAAACUCUGCAAUCUCUGCCAAAAACAGCCUUCAGUGGCUAUUACAGAGGUGGAUUCGAAAGCAAAAUGAACAAGCGGGAAGCUGCCUUAAUAUUAGGAGUGAGUCCUACAGCUAACAAAGCAAAAAUCAGAGAAGCGCAUAGAAGAGUCAUGCUUUUGAAUCAUCCUGAUAAAGGUUGCCUCAUUUGUUACCCAGAUCAACUCGAGUUGCAUGGUCCAUAAUUGAACCUAAUUAGAGCAAGAAGCUCUAUAGGACAGCUCUUGGAAUUCUACAUUUGAGUGAGUAGCUCUGGGAAUUUUUCUGCGGGACUCUAGUAGGGAAGGAUAUGAAGUAUUUGGAGAUGGCAGAUUCAUCUAGAGAUAAUUAUAUUAUAUUUUACAUUUUAGGCAGAAUUCAAGACACAGCAUCAACAGUCAUAAAUAUAAAUACAUAAAAUGAUAGAUUUCUUCCCAAAGGGAUCUGGAGAUAUUUAGGAAGCUAUCUGGAGCAAUUUUGUCGUCUUCAUGGUACCAUGUUUCUGUCACUUGUAGUAUGGAUGUCGUAUUUGUGCCUACCUGCUGAAGUAUAGGAAGAAAUACAAUUACAAAAAACCUGAACAAGCUAUCUCCAAUAUUUAGGAAGGGUGAAAGAAGACAGAAUAGUUCUGUGAAAGAGCACAUGGAAACAGGGAGGCAUGGCAACCAUUAGGAGAAUGGAAGAAUAUUGCACAUAAGAUCAAGAAAUAAAAUUAAACCAGUGGUUCCCAAUGUUUUCAGUUUGGCGGCUUGGGAGGGUGAGUGGCAGGCAUGCGCACACCUCCAUUUGUGCAAGCGGUGCACGCACGUGCACUCUUGCGAAUGAAGCUUUGCACAUAAGCAGAGGGUGCUUGCGCACAAAGCUCCACUCACACAAGCAGCCUGCAGUUGCACUCUUCCACAAGCUCCACUCACGCAAAUGGCACGCAGUUGCAUCUGUGCACAAAGCUCCAUGUGAAUGGAGUUUGCCUGCCACUCCCACAAGUGGAACCUAAUGCACGUGCUUGCCCAUUUCUCCCGCAACCUGGUUUUUGAAGAAGCUGCAGCCCGGUAGCGGGCCGCAGGCUGGGUGUUAGGGACCCCUGCACUAAACUAUAUACUGAAUCUGGACCUAUAUUUCAGUGGUCAACAACUAUUUUUCACAAAUCCAUUAACAUUGUCUCAGAUAUCCUUAUUGGUACAAUAGUAAAAUACGAACAGCAUUAUUUAUUCCUUGGUAGUGUAACAGCUGGUUAACCAUACGCUACUUAAUAAUUCCUCUGUCUCAACCUAGAGGAAGAGCUAGGAAAGUAUCAAACUCACAUAAAUUACCUGCAAGAAGCUAAAGAAAUGUUAUUGCUAAUGUUAAAGCUAUGUUAUGUAGUCAUGAGUAUAAGAAAAAAGAAUUUUUAAUAGAUUUGAAGCUUUAACUUGAAGUUCAGUUAAAAUGACUUUUUUUGCAGAGAACCUCCAUAAUUUUAAGGUAGCAGAAAUCUAGUUAGGUGGCAAUUCAAGCUAGGUAUCUUAAUGGAUCACUAGCAGACUGUGCUAAUAGAAAUACUUUUUUUUAAAAAAAUGUUACUAUGAAUCUUAAAAAUUUACUGUUGCAAACAUAGUAUUUCAAUCAAGUUACAUUUAGAAUAGAGACCAUUUAUAAUUGACAUAUUUAAGAAGGAUGUUGGCCAGAACAUAUUGAAGCAGAAUUAAAUGAUAAGAUAGAAGACAAGAUUCUAGAAGGAAGUGUUGAAAGAAGUUGGCAUCCUUACCCUGAAGAAAUCUAGGAGAUAUAAUGACUUUAAAUAAAAAGAAAUGCUUCACAAAUUUAUUAGCAUAAGUAAACUCUCCCUUUCCAAAAUAAUUAUCACCAGUUUUCUGCAUGGUAUAAACAUUAAAUACUUUGGAUUUUUUAAAAAAACACAUCAGAGGGUCAUGGGCAGGAUACACCAAUUCUUACAAAGGACAAAAAAAAAACAUGGAGUAGACAAUGAGAAGUAGUACCAGUAGUAGUAGUAACAGUAACCUAGAUGGCAGAUGGCAGCGAGCAGGCUUUUGAAAUUAUAGUGGCAAGAAUAUGGCAGGAACUGCAAGGCAGUGAUUCACAGCUAUAGGGAAUGCUAAGCAAUAAGAAUGACCCAAAGGCUAAGCUUUUCUUAAUCUACAGGGGAGAAGCAUGAUAAAAGAGGUUCUGUGACAGUUCUAAUGAUGUUUCUCUGAAAAAAAUGAUUGAUUGAUUGAUUGAUUUUUUGCAAAAGCAAUGCAUUCUGUGUGCUACAUCAGAAAAUGAAGUCAGACUUGCUCUCGAGAUAAAAUCUGUGUUAUGGGAUAUCUAAUUAGAAUGCCAGGAUUUUUAGGAUCAAAAAUAUAAAUCGGAGAGAAUCCAAUUGUGAAUUGAAUUUUACCAUUUUUUUCCUAAAUUGUCCUAUUACUGCUUUCUAUGAAAUAACCGGUAAAAAGGAAAGACAUUUAGAUCUGCAACUUAAAUGAGGAACAGUGUUGCCAGCUACAUAAACCUUUCAGAAAAUGACAAUAUAUUCUUUCAUUCAAAGGUAAUGUCUCCAUGAGUACUUAUGUCCAACCCUUGUAGAACAAAUAACUAGCAAAUGUUUAAGGAUCAACCAAUGGAAGAUCAAGGUUUAUUUUUCUACCAGCAUACAAAAACAUAUUGCACAUCAAACAACCAAAAAUAAAAAUACUCUAAGGACUAACAUAUGUAGUUUAUACAGAAUAAACUUUCUGGAAAUUGAUCUUUUCAGUAGUUCUGGUUAUCUUAAUGGACAUGACUAAUUCAGAAUUAAGUGUUUUAACUAAAGCUAUGUUUGAUUUUUAAAUACUGUACAGUUUAAUAAAUAAAUCAAACAAAGCCUCAAUGUAGAACAGUCACUGCCAAUGUCACCCAAUAUCCCUGCAGAUUGAGAAUUUAAUAAAUGUAUUCCAGUGGUCUGCAGUUUUCCCCCACUACAUACAGCAUUUAAAAAACAUGUAUUAAAACAGACCAGUUUCCAGACUAAACUAAUGGAGAAAUUACAAUUCAGUGCAAAAUAUUUUAGACUGCAUUUUUUUUUCUAGUUUUCCCUCAGGUGAAGAAGUGGUUGCAUAUUAUUAAAAAUGUAAUAAAAGCAGCUAAUGCUUUCAUAAAGUAGGUUAUGUUAGGGAUUCGCCCCCCACAUCUGUCAUAUUUUGAAAACAAAAUAACGUUUCCUAUAGCCAGCAAUUUGUUUUUAUUUAAAUGUUACAUAUACUAUUCUCAAGGCACAUCUGAUGAUAUUUAUAACACAGUAGGUGUCAAAGUAUGUUCAACAUUGGAUUUUUUUUCAGGAUCCCUCCCUGUUGUUUUCCAAAAUGGAGGAACUGAAAGUGCGGUGUCAAGACUCGCAAUCCAUAUUCUAUCUUUGGCAAGCUUAUACAAGCACUAUUGUAAAAUGUAAUGUAAAAGAACUGUAAACUAGGAACUCUUGUUUAUGAAACACCAUUCAACACAG